AUGACCAGUAUCAUCGAGGAAGCACUUGAUAAGGCUAGGAAAUUCGUGAAUAGCAAGAUAGGUGUGGUUGGAAGCGAGAUAGCGACAAAUUUCCUGGCAGAGGUUGAGAGCAUCGCGAAUAAGGCAGUGGAGGAAACGAAAGAAUUUUUCAACCAGUUCGACAUUCUACCGUGUGACUAUUUAGACAUUUCGUUCAAUGAUUUCGCCGAUGACUCAAUUGAACUGCUCAAGAAAGGCCUUGACAAAGUAUCCUCGGAACUUGAGGAGGCAUUUCCUCUUAACUUCCUUCAGUUCCCCACUAUUGAUAUCGACUUCAACCUCCCGGAUAUCGACCCUAUUCCAAUUUUGACCCUCAGCUUUGCACUGGAGGAUCUAGAAUUAUAUCUAGAACUGGGAGUUACUCUCACAGUAGAAGCGACCUACACGUUACCACUUUUUAGAUCGCAAUCUUCACUAGGAAUGGCGUUACCAGACGCAUACGCUAGCGCAUUGGUAGCUAUCGACCUUGCUCUGACUUCUGAAGCAGAGGUUCAGCUACAAAGCGGCUUUCACUGGAAGGUAGACGGUAGUAUCCUCCUAGACAUUGGAAAGUUUGCGCAGAACAUAUCGGGAACAUAUUUUCCCGAUGGUCAAUUCGAGUUCUUACCGUUAACUGCCAGUCAUGGCAGUGGGAAGAUUACAGGCGUGCUUCGUGUCGAACUCAAAGCAGGGUUUGAGAUUCAGAAUCAUACAGUAGACGUCUUCGAUAAGGGCUUGAACAUUAGUGCAGGCGUAGAAGUGAGCAUUUUUGCGAACGUCGCACGACUCGACGCCGAGAUCCGUAAAGACUCUGAAUCUAGCGGUACAGAUUGCCAACUAGGCUUUGAAAUCAACGUCGGCGCAGCUGCAGGAGCAACGCUGGCGUUGGGGGAACACGUUUGGGGCCCAGUGCCUGAACUAUCGUUUUCCAUGUAUAGUGCGACAACAAAAAGCCUUUGA